UUGCUCUCGCCACCCGUAGCGCUACCCCCGUCCCAGUUUUGGGGCUAUUACGGCACUGUCGGUGCUUCAUCAGGCAGGUUUUUCCACUUCUUCGAGGAAUUGAAAGCGAGGGCAACAUGUUUUUCCACAUCUACUUGGACCGGAAUCUGCAGCUGCACCCUCGUCACUUCGGACCGCAUCUGCGCGACAAGCUCAUUGCGAAGCUCAUCCAGGACGUUGAGGGCACCUGCAGUGGACGUCAUGGAUUUGUGGUUGCAGUUACUGCAGUAGAAACAAUUGGCUCGGGACUCAUCCGUGACGGAACUGGAUUCGUAACGUUUCCCGUCAAGUACCAAUGUGUCGUUUUCAGACCCUUUAAAGGCGAAAUACUAGAGAGCGUUGUUACGAUGGUGAACAAGAUGGGCUUCUUUGCUGAAGCGGGGCCUGUUCAAAUCUUUGUGUCAAAUCACUUGAUACCAGAUGACAUGGCGUUUCAAUCAGACGAUGUACCGAAUUAUAAAACUUCGGAUGGCUCGGUAAGAAUACAGAAGGAUAGUGAAGUUCGGCUUAAGAUUGUGGGUACCCGGGUUGACGCUACAGAGAUUUUCUGUAUUGGCACAAUCAAAGACGACUUUCUUGGACUUAUUGGUGAUCCUGGAGGUGCGACCUGAGGACUCCUCAUAGGUUUCUCAUGAACAAAACUACUGCUUGAAUAGCCUCCUUUAAAAAUGGUUUAGGUUUAGAUUUUCUGGAGCUUAGGACACUCUUUGGACAGAAGCAUCCGCUUGAAGGCACUAGGGGAAGAUGAAACACCGUUAUGAAACCUGUGAAGCAUGAGAGAUAUUCUAACCUGAGCGACAUCGUGAUGUUGUCAUCCCAACCAUGGUUAAGCGUUUAUAGCUUGAUAUCCUCGGUAGAAAGUUUUACAUUUCAGGACACCACUCUGGGCAUCAAAGCCUGUGAUUGACUGUAAUGGCCCAAGCCCGAAUUCCUCUGCAAUAAAACUGAAGUCGAAACUA